GUAACCUCCGCGCUGGUUCUCUUUUUUUGGUUAGUUUGUGGUUGUUGUCAGUCGGCCAUAACCUCACUUUUGCAAUGUCACACGUGGAAUUAGGCUUUUCCGAGGAAUGUGAGCCUUGGCAGGUGGAAAGCUACCAAUUUCCCACGAAAAUAGGCGGAAAGCCGGCUUGGCUCGACUUUGAAAAUCUGCCAAAACCGGAAAAUUUGCAAUGUGAGACGUGUCAUGAGCCCCUGAUUUUCUUGUGCCAAAUCUACGCCCCCUACGAACACGACGAGAGGAAUUUCCAUCGAACUAUUUUCCUUUUCAUCUGCCGAAACCCCGAAUGUUGUGUGAAAAACUCCAGUAACAAUGUGAAAGCGUUCAGGAGCUCGUUACCCCGACGCAACAAGUUUUAUUCGUUUGAGCCGCCCCCCGACCACAGUUUGGAUUUUUCCCCGUCAAAAUGGGUGUCUUUGUGCGACUUGUGUGGCUGUUUAGGGGAAAAAAAGUGUGGCAAGUGCAAAAAAGCAACGUAUUGUAGUAGAGAGCAUCAGGUACUUGAUUGGAAGCAAGGACACAAGAGUGAGUGUGAAAAGGGGGGAACACCAGGAAUUUCGUCAAAGUUGUUUCCCGAGUCGAUAAUAGUCACAGAACCUGAGGAAAUUGAUGAAAAAAGUGUCGAUGAAAGUGAGGAAGUUGAAAAAUUUAAUCAGCUUGAACGUGAAGGCAAAACGGGGACAAUGAGCGAUGUGUCAGAUAAAGAAUUGGAAAAAUAUGUUUGUGACAGUGAUAAGGCAUUCAUUCGCUUCAAAAAGCGAAUCGGUGAUAACAACGAUCAGAUUCUGCGAUAUGAAAGAGGUGGAGAACCUCUGUGGAUUGCCAGCGAUCCCAAACCUGAUAAAGUCCCGAAUUGCGAAUAUUGCGGGAAUCCCAGACAAUACGAGUUUCAAAUCAUGCCGCAAUUGUUCUUUGUGUUGCAUGAAAAUGACUUGGAUGUGGGAAUUAUUAUUGUUUAUACUUGUAAGGAGAGUUGUGUGGCGGGUGAUAAUUACAAAAAGGAAUUCGUUUUUAAACAGGACGUUAAGUAGCUGAUUAAAUCAAUAAAUAUUUUGUGCGUGUCGCAUCGUUGGAAAAAAAUCGGAUUAGAUAAGAUUUUGUUUGUUGAAUAAGUUUUAGCUAGAAGGGGCUUAAUCUUGUAAUGAUUACAAAUGACAAGUACAAUUUUUCCAUACGUGUUAAGUUAGCACCGGCGAAUUAUUUGAUGCUCAGAUUGAUCAGAAUCUAUUGUUUUAUAGGAAUUGUUCAAUAAAUCAAUUAUUUCGA